AUGUCGCUUCUGACGCAGUCAGUCGACGUUCAGGCGUUCGCAAGCACCCAGCUCGCCCUCCUGGACGCCGAGCUCCAGAGCGAGCUGCAAGAGACGAGCGGCCUGAUCUCCAACACCAGCCCCACCUCACUGCAGCGAGCGGGACUGGCAGUCACCAACCUCGUCGUAUCAUCGCAGCGGACCGGGUUCGGCGGCAGGACGGUCAUAGAGCUCGGCGCGGACAGUGCGACAUCUGGAAGCAACGGAGAGCUACCCGAGCAUGGAAUCCGUACCGGCGACAUCGUGCUGGUCUCCGAGCAGCCGGCGGGGACUGCCAAGAAGCGGGAGAUCGAGGACCUGGAGAAGAAGGGCGUCCGCGGCGUCGUGACGAAACUCAAGAGGGAUACUAUUGCCGUGGCCGUGGAGGAGGAGAGGGAGGACACGUCUAUCAGCGGCCGCGUCUGGCUGGUCAAGCUGGCGGAUGAUGUCACCUACCGCCGCAUGAACCUGACGAUGGAGAAGAUCCAUAAGAUGAGCGAGUCUGACUAUUCCAUCUUCAUGCGCGUGCUCUUUGGCCUGUCUAGCCCUUCGCCCGUGCCUCAGAAUCUCGCGGCGGAUCCCGAGUACGGCAAAAUCGAUUGGAUAGACCCAACGCUGAACGACUCCCAGAAGGAUGCCAUCAGGUUCGCUCUCGCAUCCCGAGAGGUCGCCCUGAUCCAUGGCCCGCCUGGAACAGGCAAGACGCAUACGCUCAUCGAGCUGAUCCUGCAGAUGGUCAAGAGAGACCUGCGGAUCCUGGUAUGCGGACCCUCGAAUAUCUCGGUAGACAACAUCGUCGAGCGGCUGUCCCCCCACAAAGUCCCCAUCGUCCGACUUGGCCAUCCUGCCCGACUACUCCCGUCUGUCCUGAACCACUCCCUGGAUGUCCUUACGCAGACAUCAGAGGCCGGGUUGAUCGUGAAAGACGUCCGUUCCGAGAUGGACGCGAAACAGGCUUCUAUCAAGAAGACCAAGAGCGGACGAGAACGGAAAGCAAUCUACGGCGACCUCAAAGAGCUGCGGAAGGAGUACAGAGAGAGGGAACGGCGUUGCGUCAGCACGCUGGUUGGCGGCAGCAAGGUUGUCCUCGCGACUUUGCACGGCGCCGGCGGCUUCCAGCUAAAGAACGAGGAGUUCGACGUCGUCGUCAUCGACGAGGCGAGUCAAGCGCUCGAGGCGCAGUGCUGGGUCCCUCUCCUCGCGGCCAAGAAGGCGGUCUGCGCGGGCGAUCAUCUCCAGCUGCCGCCUACGGUCAAGUCUACGAACUCCAAGGUCAAGCCGAAGAUCAAAGAGGGGGAGAGCAUAAUCAAAGGCAUGGCUCUCGAAACGACCCUGUUUGAUAGGUUGCUAUCGCUGCAUGGCUCGUCGAUCAAGCGGAUGCUUACGACGCAGUACCGCAUGCACGAGAAUAUCAUGAGGUUCCCGUCUGAUGAACUAUACGAAUCAAAGUUGGUCGCUGCAGACGCGGUCAAAGACCGACUUCUAAAAGACCUGCCUUACGAGGUGGAGGACACGGAAGACACCAACGAGCCAGUCAUCUUCGUCGACACCCAGGGCGGCGAUUUCCCGGAGAAGAACGAGGAGGAAGACACAGGCAGGAAGGGCAGUCUCAGGUCCUUAUUCGGAGAGAGUAAGAGCAACGAGAUGGAAGCCGCCUUGGUGCGUCAGCACGUCCGGAAGCUGGUCGACGCCGGUGUGAAGCCCGCGGACAUCGCGGUGGUCACGCCGUACAACGCCCAACUCGGACUCCUCGCCCCCCUGAAGGAGGCCUUCCCGGGCAUCGAGCUUGGCUCCGUCGACGGCUUCCAGGGCCGCGAGAAAGAGGCCGUGAUCGUCAGCUUGGUCCGGAGCAACACUGAGGGGGAAGUCGGGUUCCUGAGCGAGAAGCGUCGUUUGAACGGUAUGUUGAUGCACCCGUCAUCCCCUGCCGGAGUAUAUAGGUUGCACGGCGGCAUGAAAGCUAAUGCGCACCUGAUAGUUGCGAUGACAAGGCCUAAACGCUCGCUUGUGGUGGUGGGCGAUUCAGAUACUGUCAAACGAGGCAGCAAGUUCCUCAGUAACUGGAUGGACUGGCUCGAGAACAAUGCCGAUCUCCGCUACGUCGACGCGGCUUCUAUCGAAGCGUGA